AUGUCUCAUGCUCACCAUGCCGGCUUGGUGAUGAGGCAUGCCCCGGUUCGCCGGGAUGUCGUCCCUUCGCAUCGCCUGCCAUUUUUGGUCCCUAGUACCACACCUUUAGCUACGAUGCCGUCUCUCGUGGCGCGAGCUCCCGAGUCAUCAGCAUCUGGCUCGACAAAUGGAGAAAAGCCUACCAGUAACAUGACCACGACCGUCUUGCCAGUCGUGCUUGGUGCAGGUCUUCCCAUCCUGUGUGCCAUUAUCGUUCUGAUUGUGCUUCACCGAAGACAUGUCAAGAAACUUCUACGGGAAGAUGCAAACGAUAAACAUAAAUCACUUGAUUUUGGAAUGGAUACAGUUGGACCGGCUACACAGAGGAGAGGCCCUGGAGCCAUGCCCCCGAUGUCAGAACCCAACCACACCAAGGGCCUGUCUCUCGACGUGGGCCCUUAUCUGAUCCCCCCGGGCAUGAAGAGCUCCCGGGACUCUCUACACUCCAUUUCUCGUUCAAUAGAUGAUGACAAGUACCGCCCCGCCACAUUUUUGGGUGACAAUGGCUCCGUUCGGUCCUUCCCCAGGGGACACCGAGAUGAUGCCUCUAGCUUUGGCGGUUCGCCAACCCGAUAUGGAGCUGCUGAUGAACCUGACUCGGGUCUUCUUCGGAAUGCCCAGAGGAUGUCUCGCUCUUCCCCGCCGAUUUAUAGCUCCCCCCACUGA